AUGUCUUCUAUUCUGCUGAGAAACGUCAGUCGCAGCCCUGCUUCUGGCGCAUUGCGCAAUGUCGUGCUUCGCAACCGCUUUCGCACAAUGCCGCGAUCAUCGCCUUCCUCCAUCUCAUUCUCGACCCGUUCCUCAACGCAGCACGCCUCCUCCUCGCCUCUCAAAGCUCUCGCGGUCGGAUCAAUCUUUGCGACCGCGACGAUCCUGUACAGUUUCUACUUUGCGGGAUCAAUCGAGCAGGAAACGUUCAACGCCGUCGAGCCGAAAUACCAGGCGCUGUUCCCGGAAGAUGCUUGGCAGCCUGGGACGAAAGUAGACCCGUUCUUGCGCCGGAUUGAGGUUGAUGGGCGGGAGCUGUGGCUUUUGGGAUUAGGCGUGCGGACUGUUUCGUUUUUGAAGAUCCAUGUCUACGCAGUCGGCAUCUACGUCGACAAAGACGACAUCCCGAAAAUCACGAGCACCCUCUCAGCUCUGAAAUCCGACAAAGACGCCAAGGAAGCCGCGCUGGACCCCGACACCGCGCUCGACCUCUUCACCACCCUUCUCGACUCCAACGUCCGCUUCGCGCUCCGCAUCGUGCCCAGUCGCAACACCGACUUUUCGCACCUGCGCGACGGCUUCGUCAGAUCAAUCAUGGCGAGCAUCAAAAACCGCCGAAUCGACCAAUCCGCCGACUCCGGCUCCGGCAUCGCCGAGAUCCGCAGCGCGCUGGGGCGCAAGAUGACCGCGCCGCGGAAUAGCGAGCUGCUGCUGACGAUCGACGAUAAGGGCAGUUUGACGAUGACGUACGCGGCGCCGAGGGAGGCGGAGAAGGAGAGAUUGGGGGUCGUUACGGAUAAGACCAUUGUCAAGGCUUUGUUUUUGCAUUAUCUUACGCCGCCGACUGCUGCGAGUGAGGAAGCGCGCGUGUCGUUUGCGGAGAGUAUCGCGAGUAUUACGCCUUAA